AUGCCACGGGCAUCCAACUGCCCUUUCCCCCACUUUGCCAUGAUCUAUAUAGAUAGCAAUGGCGAGCUUGGUGUAAAUGUUUCUACAUCCCUUGCAGGCUGUGAAAGGGCCAUUUUUACCGAAGAUCUCAAGCAGAGCUUUGUUAGAGCCGUGACCCCCGAUUGGCAGUCAAACAUGCAGAAUUUCCCCUCUGGUGAGAACGGAUCAUGUCGAACACCUGAAAUUACAAAUGCUGACUAUCCGCGUGUAUCGCAAGCCGGUGCAAUUGGGGCAGCACAUGGCGAACUAGCCGAAAGGCAGUCCUUUAUAUUUAAUGCCGGACUGGAUCUACAACAAAGUCCAGCGUGGUUCCAGCAUGGCCAACCAAGGCAUCCCAGGCUCAUCCCUUGCGAAUUCCAGACACUUCAGAAUAAGCGCCCUAGGAGGAAUAGGAAGCGCACAAGCUCGGAAAUGGGUGGUGAUUCAGAUUCAGAUUCGGCUGACGGCGGAGCCAAACGGACGCCGAUUCGAGUAGGACAAACCGACGUGCUGCGUCAGUUCUACCAAAAAGCCUUUGAAAAUCUCCAACAGCUCAACUGCAGGGUGAUUGCAAAGGCAUUUGUCAAGUUGGUAGAACCUCGGAAGCAAGUCAAUCACCCGUACAAUGGGCGUAGGACAGUGAUGGGAGGACCUUGUCAGAAGCUGGAUCCUGAAUUGACUAAGCCCAAAUGGUGGCCUACAGGCGUUCAACACAAGGAGCCAGAUCACCUCCUAAAGCAUGAGAGAAUUCGACUUCUUAUGCACAUUCUUUGCGAACUGAGGGAAAGCCAUGCCAUCACCGCGCAGAAGCUCAGAGAGGCUGGGCAGGAUGUGCACCGUCAAAUCGCACCGCCUCAGCGUCUGUUCAUCUUGGACGAGAUUUAUGACGUCCGGGAAAUCGAGGAACUCUAUCUGAGCGGAAAGAUCAGCGGUGAUACCGUUAUCUAUGUCUCCUCAAUACAUCUGCCGGAGGGAAUUGAGCCGGCAGUAGUGAACAUUAACGAAAAGCAAAUCACUGAGGCGGAUUACUUGCCCUUGUCCCCAGUGUCCAUCAGCCGCAAAAGCUCAGUUGAGAGCGGACUAUCAUCUCUCUCAAAGGGUAUGAUUUCAUCCAUCAGUUCUAGUGAGCAAACGCAGGCGUUGCAUGCCCAUGCAGAGGUUCCUUCGACUGGCUCUAAUUCUUUGCCGGGCUUCUAUGCUCCGCAUUCGAUGAUCUGGAGCCAUGGAACCUCUGGGAUCAAUGUGCCAUUUAAUAUGUCGUCAAACUGA